AUGGUCCCUAGAGGCGUUCUUCUGUGGGCGUGCGCCGUCCUUUGGGCGGCAGCGCCGGGGCGGGCACAGCAGCAAGGUUGUGCUACCCAAGCCGAUGUUACAUUUAUUCUGGAUUCUUCUAACACUGUUGGACAAACGAACUUUGAGAAACAAAAAGACUUCGUGAAGCACGUAGUUGGUGGUCUUAAAGUCGACCCUAACAGUGUCCGCAUCAGCACCGUUACCUAUAACGAUGUGGUUCACAACCAGUUCUUCCUCAACCAGCACAACACGCAGAGUGACGUCAUCAACGCUAUCUCUGCCGUGCCGUACACUAGCGGUAGCGCGCACACGGCUGACGCGCUACAGUAUGUGUCGCGGCAGUCGUUCAACACGCUGCACGGAGGACGAACAAAUGUGCCCCACAUCGCCAUAUUAGUAACGGACGGACCUUCCAUCACCCCGGAUAUUACAAAGUUCGAAGCUCAGAACGCCAAGGACAAAGGCAUCAUCAUGUACAGCGUUGGCGUCGGCGGUGGUAUCGACAGAGACGAGCUGACGUCGGUCGCCAGCGACCCCAAGGCGCGCUACAUGAUGACGGCGGAAAAUUACGACUCGCUCAACAGCAUCUCUAAUCUCCUAGCUUCUAAAAUCUGUAACGAGCUUCCCCCAAACCCUAACUUGUUGUCGACACCAUCUAGCUGUCUCCAAAACCCCGCUGACGUCGUCUUCAUGGUUGACUCCUCCAGCAACGUUGGUAACAUCAAUUUUAUGAAGAUGCAGAAUUUCAUCAAGAACACUGUCGCCGAUAUGAAUAUUCAACCCAAUGGCGUCCACGUAGGUUUGAUGCAGUACAGCAGCUACCCCUCAUCCCAAUUCCCGCUCAACCAGUACACAAAUCGUGGCGACGUUCUUAAGGCCGUGGAACAUCUCUCGUUGAUGGGCGGCGGCUCAAACACCGCCGACGCAAUUUCGUACACACGUGACCAUAUGUUCUCCCAGAGUGAGGGCGGGCGAUCAAAUGUACCCCGUAUCGCCAUUUUAUUGACCGAUGGUGACUCCAACGACAUGUCGUCCGCAAUUACCGCUGCCAACAAAGCAAGGGAUGCUAGCAUUGGACUCAUCUCCGUCGGAAUCGGUGGACGUGUAAACCAACAGGAACUUGCUGGGAUAUCACCAUCCAACGUCAUCAAUGUGAACAGCUUCGACCAAUUGGAUUCCAUCAAAAGUACUCUGCUCCAAAAAAUGUGCGGAGUAAAGAGUACUUUCGACUUCAACGCCGUAACCAGUGGCUCUUGUGUCGAUACACUCAGUAACUGUGCCGCAUACGGAAGAUCUGUCUGUACCAGCUAUAAAAAUUGGGCAAGCAGCAACUGUCAAGCUUACUGUGGAAUAUGCAAAUACCAAUACCAGCCAUCCCUACCCUCCUGCACUGAUAAAGUCACUAACUGCGCUGCUGUAGGAUGUACCACUCAAGUCCAAUGGGCCCGCGACAACUGUAAACUCACAUGUGGAUACUGUGGUGCUGGAUCAAGCAGUAGCAGUGGCAGUGCUGUUGGUUUCUAUGGCCGCUGUGCAUACAAGGGAAAAACCUACUCUACUGGAGAAAAGUGGACUGAUGGCUGUGAUUAUGAAUGUGUCUGUCAGGAUGGAAACUCUGGCCAAUACAACUGUUACAACAGGUGUCCAGUAUAUUAUGAUCUGCCAUCCCUGUGUACUCUGGUAAGAAAACCAGGAGAGUGUUGUCUACAGCCUACCUGUAACUUCGCUUCCAAUGUCCAGACUAUUGAACAAAACAGUGCUGCUGUGACACCAGAGGGAUACAAGGUCUGUGCCUACAAGGGAAAGCAGUACUUUGAGCGCCAGACCUGGAAGGAUGGGUGUAGCUACCAGUGUACAUGUGUGGAUGCUUCCACAGGACACUACAGAUGUGAACAAUUGUGCCCUGCAUACAAUGCCCUACCCAGUUACUGCAACCUGGUACAGACUCCUGGCCAGUGCUGUCAACAACCUGUUUGUGAAUUCAGCCAACAACAUGGAAGUUUCAGUGGUCAGGGACAGAUCAGUGGACAAGGAGCUGGUCUCACCUACACUCCUCCUAGUGCCUGUAAUGAUGUCCUGACUAACUGUCAGCAGUAUGACAAGAACUCCUGUACAGCCUACCCACAGUGGGCUCAGUCAAACUGUAGACUAACCUGUGGUCUAUGUAGUACAUCCAACCAACUGGCUACUGCUGCACCUGGAGAUCGAUGUGUGUACGAGGGAAAAACCUACACACAGGGCCAGACCUGGAGCCCUAGCUGUUCUCUUAAGUGUACCUGUGAGGCUGCUAAAUAUGGAUACUACAGAUGUGUCAACCAGUGUCCAACAUACAACAACUUACCAAGUGGCUGUAAUGUCCGCAGGCCUGUAGGUUACUGCUGCGAGGUAGUUGAAUGUCAGACCGGUUCUGCAUUCUCCUCCUCACAAAACAUCAACUCCAUUGGUAAUGGCGGUGGUUUCCAUGUCAUCAACCCUGCUCAGGGUCUCUACCCUGCCCCCACUGCCUACACUGGAGGACCUAUCUCUGUAGGAGCUGGAGGAACUGGAUUCCAGCCUAACCCCAUAAGUGGCUGUCUGUUCAACGGUCAGGUUUACUAUCAGAACCAACCAUUUGAUGAUGGCUGUGCCCGAUCCUGUGUAUGUCUCAAUGCUACCAGUGGACAGUAUUCCUGUCGUGACAAGUGCCCUGUCUACCAGAACAUGCCAUCCACCUGUGUGCAGGUGACCGAUGCCAAUGACCCCUGUUGUACAUCUCCUAAGUGUACCCCAGAUCCAGUGACAGGUCAGAUGCCAAACCUGAUUCCAGUAUUCCAGCCAGCUAUCACUGGCAUUGGUCAGGUGCAGCCACCGGUUCCAGGAACCGCAAAUGGAGUGAACCAACUACCCUACUCUGGCUAUGUAAUCCUUAGUCAGACUGGAUUUGUGCCACCACCACCCACAGUUCCAGCAGGAAUAUCAAAACAAGGUUAUUGUGUGGCUAAAUCUGGGCAGCACUACGCCCCCGGAGAGUCAUGGGAAGAGGGAUGUGAUUACAACUGUAUUUGUGACAAUGGUCUCACUGGACACUACACCUGUGUAGAGAAGUGCUACAAAUAUGAAUAUGUACCCAACCCCUACUGUCAGUUUAUCAGAGACCCUAAGAACCCUUGCUGUGUCGUUCCACAGUGCUAUGCUGUCCCUCAUGGAAUAGAACUCACUGGCGUGAGGACCACACCCUUGACCAAAGAGAAUGUGUGUACGUAUGAAGGAGAGACUUACCAGCAAGGACAGACCUGGUAUGAUGGUUGCAGCUACAAGUGUACUUGUGAGGAUGCUCUUAAUGGUAUCUACCGCUGCACCAGUAGGUGUCCUGAUUAUCUGGAUCCUCCCGCUGGCUGUACACUGAUUGCUGAUCCCCGUGACCCAACCUGCUGUAGAAUGCCUAAAUGUAACCCUCAGGGUACCACCAAUAACAUCACAGGCACCGGACAAGUUAUUCCGAACCCCAUCCCUCCAGCAUCUUACUAUGGAAAGAUCACAGGCGAAGGCAAAGUACCAGGCUACUGUAUCUACAAGGGAACCCAGUACACUACUGGUCAGAUCUGGGAAGAUGGAUGUGAUCUCACAUGUGAAUGUAAGGAUUCAGAGACAGGAGUUUACCAAUGUACAGACAGGUGUCAGAGAUAUACUGGUCUGCCAUCUUACUGUCGACUGGUCAAUGACUUCGCCAACCCUUGCUGCAAGAAACCAGAGUGUAACCCACCUGGUUCUACUGGAGUCAUUGAUGGACAGCACCCAGUUGUCCCUGGUGUAUCUCCCUCACCAACUGCUGCCCCCAACCCUCUUCUGCCAUCACCACUACCCCAAUCUAGUCAAUAUUGUGUCUACAAGGGAGCUAACUACAUUCAGGGACAGACUUGGGAGGAUGGCUGCAACUACAAGUGUCGCUGUGAUGACUCCAGUCGUGGAAUCUACACCUGUCUAGAGAGGUGUGCCAAAUUUGACCAAAUGAAGGAAGGUUGUACACUGAUUUCUGACCCUGAAGAUGGCUGUUGUUUGGUACCUGUCUGUCCUCGUCCUACCCCUGGGCCUGGACAAACCAACCCACCAGGCCCCACCCCCGUCCCCACCCUCUUGCCCCACGGCUUCACUGGACAAGUCCACUUACCAACUCCAGAACCAGUCCCAGGACAGCCAUUGCCUACACCCAAAUACCCUCUUGGGUAUUGUUAUUACAAGGGAGACACAUACACCCAGGGCCAGACCUGGGAUGAUGGCUGUGACUACACUUGUGUGUGUACCAAUGCCUCCACUGGAGCCUACAAGUGCAAUAACAAGUGUCCACGAUUUGUUGAGCUGCCUAGAAACUGUCGUCUUGUUAAAGACCCAACCAAUCCAUGCUGUAAAACAACUGAGUGCUACAACAACCCAACUCCAGCUCCUACUCCAGGGAAUUCCCCCAUCCCUGGGGUCUCGCCCAACCCCACUGGAGCGACUGGAGGAUUCACUGGAAAUGGCCCAUCUCCUUCACCAACACCAGGACAGCCAAACCCAGUCAUCACUCAAUUACCAGUACAAACACCUAGACCUCAGGGACCCUACCAGCCAGUUGUAACUCCUGGUCCUCUUCCCAAAAAUGUAUGUGUAUACAAGGGAAAGAGCUACACCCAGGGACAACAAUGGUAUGAUGGCUGUGACUUUACCUGCAUCUGUGAGGAUGGUACUGGAGGUGUUUACAGAUGUAACAAUAGGUGUCCUCAGUAUGCUCAGCCAGCUUCUACUUGUACUAUGGUACCAGACCCUAAAGACCCCUUGUGCUGUAAGAAACCCAGCUGUCCAACCAGUCCAAACCAGCCAUUCCAGACAGAGCCACCAGCCCAGGUGAUUGGAGGUGUUGUCACUCCCAAACCUACAAGCCCCAACUAUACUCCAGGCAUUUAUACAAAUCCGCCAGUCAUUGGAACCAAUCCUCCACAGGUUACAAACUCACCAAGGCCUGGUGAAACUAAUCCACCAUAUAACCCUACAACGAAUCCUCUCAUUCCGACACCCCAGCCUCCAACUAUACCCACCACACCUGCUCCUAUCUACAGAGAUUUUGUAGAGAACAUGUGUGUUUACAAGGGUAAACAAUACGCUACUGGUCAGAGAUGGCAGGAUGGUUGCAGCUAUGACUGUAUCUGUCAAGAUGGCAAAACUGGACUCUACAAGUGUGACCAGAAGUGUACACAGUAUACCGACCUACAACCAGGUUGUCAGCUGGUACGAGAUGUAUACAACCCCUGUUGUAUGAAGCCAUACUGUGCUCCUACAGAUCAACCACCUGUCAUCACCAUCACUCCUCCUCCCGGCCAGGUGGUCACCAACAAGCCAAAGAACUGUAUGUACAACGGUGUUGAAUACAAGCAGGGCCAGACCUGGGCUGAUGGCUGUGAUCUCAACUGUAUUUGUGAGGAUGGAACAACUGGAUUCUACAGAUGUUCAGACAGAUGUCCCCACUAUGGUGCCCUACCCGCUGGCUGUGUUAUGGAGACAAGUCCCUCAGACCCUUGCUGUCGUCGCCCCAAGUGUAACCCUAAUCAGAUGGUCAGGCCAACCUUGCCUUUUGUAGCACCAACCCUGCCACCUGGUGUGACUGGCCCAGUGCCCACACCCAAACCAACCCCCAUCGACACUGAUAUCUACACCAAUCCACCACCUAUCAUCAAUGGUGUUGGCAAGCCAAAGGAUCAAUAUAAGUGUAUGUACAAGGGUAUUGUUUACAACCAAGGUGAUACAUGGCAAGAUGGAUGUGAUCUGGACUGUGAAUGUAUUGAUGAGCACACUGGCCGAUACCGAUGUGUUCAGAGAUGCCGUGCCUACAAUGUUGUGUCACUACCUCCAACCUGUAACCUCGUGGUAGACCCUCAGGACCAGUGCUGUAAAGUACUACAAUGUGUGGAGCCUGUCACUCCUGCCCCAACACCAUUUGUACCCUUCGGCACACCUGGCGUUGGCACUGGACCCAUCCAGAGCGGAACACGACCACCCUACACUGGAGCGCCCACACCCAGUCCCACACCUGGUCAAACCUACCCACCCAACUACACUGGAACCUACCCACCAAACUACACUCCCUAUGUCCCACAAACCUAUUUCCCACCAGGGUACACUGGAACCUACCCACCAAACUACACUCCCUAUGUCCCACCAACCUAUUUCCCACCAGGGUACACUGGAACCUAUCCACCCAACUACACCCCAGGUCAACCCUACUUCCCACCAGGCUACACAGGAACCUACCCACCAAACUACACACCAGGAAAACCCUACUACCCACCAGGUUACACAGGAACCUACCCACCAAACUAUACCCCACCACCAAGUUACAGACCCAACUAUACUCCAAGGCCUACACCAGCUCCAACACCAAAACCAAAAGUGUGUGUAUACAUGGGCAACACGUACACAGAGGGACAGCAAUGGUAUGGUGACUCUUGUUCUACAAAAUGUGUCUGUGAAGAUGGUUCCACUGGCUACUACAGAUGUGUUCAGAGGUGUGCAAGUUAUCCCAACUUGCCAUCAAGCUGUACUUUAGUGCCUGAUCCUAAGGAUCCACAGUGUUGCCAGGUGCCAAGAUGUUAUCCUGGCACAGGUGGAAACCCCACAAUUAACCCCAGCUCAGGGCCCGUCCUUGUCACAGGCUUCCCAGGAAAGGUUACUGGUUUUGGUCAGACAACACGCCCUCCUGUAACGGUACCACCAACCAGCAACCCAUACAAUCCUAUUAACACACAACCUCCAGUAGGAACAAAUAGACCAUACUCGCCUAUACCAGGAGUUUCCACACCACAGCCGAUACCAGGUGUCAGUCCAAGCCCAACCCCUAGUGUAACACCUGCACCAAAGGUAUGUAUAUACAAGGGCAAUGCCUACCAGACUGGACAAAGAUGGCAGGAUGGUUGUCAGUACAACUGUAUCUGUGAGGAUGGCAUGACAGGCAAAUACGUCUGUACAGAGAGGUGCUCCGUAUUCCCACAACUUCCCCGUGAGUGUCGACUACAGAGAGAUCCUAAGGACUACUGUUGUAUGACGCCUGUAUGUGAUUAUGAACCAACCACAACACCCCCACCAACUCUGUUCCCUCCCAACACCAACAACCCACCAGGAACAGGACCAAGUGCCUCACCCAGACCAAAUGUCACACCACCACCAGCAUUCUGUCUGUAUAAUGGUGUACCUUACCAGCAGGGACAGACCUGGGAUGAUGGCUGCAAACAGAAAUGCAGAUGUGACGAAGCUUCCAAAAAUAUCUAUACCUGUUUUGACAGGUGUAAGAGUUUCCCUGACCUUCCACAAGGAUGUACCAUGGUUACUGAUCCAAAUGACCCCUGCUGUCAACUUCCAGAAUGCAGCAACAUACCAACACCUGUCCCCACAGACAGCCCCUUCUACACCCCCUCUGCUUCACCUACCCCUCAAGGAAACACCACCCCAAAUCCUUAUGCAGUUCCUACUCUUCCAGGAGGAGUGAUUAAUGGUGGAAAACCAACACCAAGCACAGGAAACAACCCAUUCCCUCAGCCCAACCAGAACCCUAAGUCAGGUAAAUGUGAAUACAAGGGAAGUCUGUACAACACUGGAGACAAAUGGGACGACGGUUGUAGCUACAAGUGUGUAUGUAUCGAUGAAGUCUCUGGACGAUACACCUGCACAGAGAAAUGCCCACGUUUUGCCCAACUGCCAGUAUACUGCUACAUGGUACAGGACACUAAGGAACCAUGCUGUAAAGUGCCGUAUUGUCCCCCACAGAACACUCCCAACCCUAACACUCUGCCCCCAACUCCACCUCCCACUGGGCCUAAUGGUAAAACUCUGUACCCAUUGCCGAGCAACACACCAGGUGUACCUACACAGCCACCAACACAGGCACCUAGAGAGGGUUGUGUAAUGAAUGGGAAGCUUUACACUCAAGGCCAGACUUUCUAUGAUGGCUGUCAACAGAUCUGUGUGUGUCAAGAUGGCAAAACUGGUCAUGUUUCAUGUAGAGAAAGAUGCCCUCAGUAUGAUACCAAGAACCUGAGCCCUCUCUGUAUCCUAGUACCAAGCCCCAAGGAUCCAUUGUGCUGCAAGAUUCCCAAGUGCGAGGGACUGAACACGCAGCAACCUCCUGUUAUCAUUGGCCAGAACACUCCAUCACCAUCUCCCACCAGCUCUAUCCUUCUGACUCCACCUCCAGGCCAGACCUACACCAACAACCCAGUCACACAACAACCUCCACCACAGGUUUGUGUGUACAAGGGAAGACAAUACAGUCAAGGCCAGAGGUGGCAAGAUGGCUGUGACUACACUUGCGAGUGUGUGGAUGCCAGUAUUGGUCGCUACAAGUGUGUCCAGAGGUGUACCAACUUGGUUAAUGUGCCAUUGAACUGCCAGCUGAAGUACAAUCCCCAGGAUCCAUGCUGUCCAAAUCCUGACUGUGGAUCAGUUCCCACUCCAGGACCAGGCUCCACCUUCCCACCAGGAUAUAACCCAACUCCAAGCACCAAAUACUGUAUCUACAAUGGUGUACCAUACCGUCAGGGCCAGAGCUGGGACGUCGGCUGUGAGAAACGCUGUGUUUGUGAGGAUGCUACAACAGGCAUAGUUAACUGUGAUGAGAGGUGUCCCACCUACCCAGCUUUACAUGAAGGUUGCCGUCUGCUGACAGAUCCAAACGACCAGUGUUGUCAGGCUCCUCUGUGUAUCAACCCUAACCCAUCCAACCCCUACCAGGUGGUGACAGGUCCCAAGGGAACCUUCACUGGAGGCACCCCAAUAAACAACCCUAACCAGCCGGGCAUCUCCAUCAACGCACAACGUAAUACUUGUGUGUACCACGGAAAGAGCUACAACCAGGGAGACAAAUGGGACGAUGGUUGUCUCUACCAGUGCGAGUGUCUCGAUUCCUCCACAGGCAGAUACAAGUGUACUGAGAGAUGUCAGAGAAAUCCCCAAGUGCCUUCCUAUUGUACUCUAGUACAGGAUCCUAAUGACCAGUGUUGCCAGGUGCCAUACUGUCCACUCCAACAGACCCAGCCCCCUUUCAGUGGCAGCAGUCCAAUCCCUGGCAGUAACCCCAACCCUACACCCGGAGGUAGCAACCCCUACAACCCACAACCCAUCCCAGGACAGCCAGGAUCUUACACACCCACCAAUAUGUGUGUGUACAACGGCCAGGUGUAUCGCCAGGGACAACAAUGGUAUGAUGGCUGUGAUCUGAUCUGUCGCUGUGAGAACUCCACAAUGGGCUUCUAUAGGUGUCAACAGAGAUGUAGCAAGUACAACAACCUGCCCUCGGGCUGUACCCUGACUGCUGACCCCAAGGAUCCACAGUGUUGCCAGGUGCCCCAGUGUCCCCUACCUCAGCAGCCACAGGGUGUCAGUCCUACCCCAGGACUGGUGUACCAGCCCUCACCUGUCUACGGUGGAAUCACUGGAAUUGGUCAGGCAACAACCCCACUGCCGACUCCGCAACCAACCAUGAUUGGACCUGGUGGAAUCCCAGUUCCUGUAACUCUGCCUCCUGGUCAAACACCCAAGCCUACUCCAGCUCCUACACCAGGAUGUCUGUACAAGGGUAGACUCUACUCCAAGGGACAAAUGUGGGAUGAUGGCUGUGAAUAUCAUUGUGAGUGUCUGGAUGAUAUGACCGGCAGGUACAGAUGUACCCAAAGGUGUAACGAAUACCCAAAUCUGCCCCAAUACUGUACCCUAGUAAAGGACCCACGUAAUCCUUGCUGCCCGGUACCGUAUUGUGACCAGACAAACCCCAACGUACCCAUCCAGACAGUACCACCACAGUAUCAACCAUUUACAAACCCAACUACACCCAACCCCUUCGUCAUUCAACCCCAAACCAAUCCACCAGUCGGAGGAAGCAGGCCCCCACAGACCGCCACCACUGGGUACUGUGUGUACAAUGGAGUGUACUACAAGCAAGGACAGUCGUGGAAUGAUGGUUGUAAGCGAACAUGUACUUGUGAUGACAGUUCACAAGGACUAUACAGCUGUAAACAGAGAUGUCCAACAUUUGACUCUUUACCUAACACAUGCCACCUGAUUGCUGAUCCAAAUGAUGCCUGCUGUGUGGUUCCAGACUGUAACACCUUCCCGACACAUGCACCCCGUCCCACAUCUCCUGGUGGUGUACCCAUACCAGGUUCCACUUCUCCUCUGCCUAUUGUGAUCCCCACACCUGUCCAGCAAUCCUUCACUGGAGGUAGCCCAAGCAAUGGAAACCUCAACCCACAAUAUGGCGGCACCACAGGAAACAACAAGGCUUGUGUCUACAAGGGACAGAUCUAUCACCAGGGCCAGAGCUGGAAUGAUGGCUGUGAUUAUAAGUGUACCUGCUAUGACGAGGAGAGAGGCCAGUACAGAUGUAGCAACAGGUGCCCAUCUUACUACAACCUUCCUGCCCAGUGUACCUACAUCCCAGAUCCACAAGACACAUGCUGUAGGAAGGCUUCCUGUGAUCUUAACCAUACACCUCCACCUACCACACCAACCACACCAUUCCACCUGGUAACGGUGCCUGCUGUAUACCCAACAGCCACUGGUACUAAGCCCCCAGAUAUGUGCAAGUACACUGACAACAGUCUACAUGCCCAGGGAGCCAAAUGGGAUGAUGGUUGUAACUACAGAUGUACAUGUAUGAAUGCCACCUUCAACAUCUACCGAUGUGACCAAAGAUGUACAGCUUUCUCUGGUCUGCCAGCAGCCUGUACACUUGUACAGGAUCCACAAGACCAGUGUUGUCAGAAGCCACAAUGUAACACUCAGACAGGUAUCUCUCUGACACCUCAGUAUGGUGGCAUCAACGGCUCUGCUACACCUCCACCUAACACUCUGAACGUUUUGCCUAUUGGUACACACGACAUCUUCACUGGCUCCAACUGGAACAACCCUGGCAUCGGACCAGGUUACAAUGGCGGUUCUGAAGGAUUUGGUGUAUGUGUAUACAAGGGAAAGACUUACCAGCAAGGCCAGUCAUGGAGCGAUGGAUGUGACUACAGUUGUACAUGCGAGAACUCACAAAAGGGAGAAUACAAAUGUGUAUCAAGGUGUCCCCAGUUGCCGUCCACCCUGCCUAGCUACUGUUCUCAGGUUUCAAUCCCGGGACAAUGCUGUCCCAGACUCACCUGUGAUGUGGCUGGACUCCAGAACUUGUACCACGGUGGUUCUGAGGUUCUGCCAACACCUGCUCCAACAGAUAUCUUUGGUAACUUGCAGACACUACCACCCGGAUACAGUAAGCCAUCUCAGGUGAUUGGUGGCACAGGAACGGGAACACAAGGAACCAUUUCUGGAACAAGCCCAGUUUCCCUCCCCAAUGCCUUCCCUAUCUUGCCGGCUCAGUUCUCACAGGUCACUGAUCAGUGUAUCUACCAGAGUAAGACUGAUGGGUCCUACCACGUUUACGAUGAAGGCGCAAAGUGGAAGGAUGGCUGUGAUUUCAGCUGUGUCUGCAAGGAUGGCAAGAGUGGAUACUAUGAGUGUACUCCACUGUGCCCAGUUUACAACAACCUGCCAUCCAGCCACUGUUAUCUGACAAAAGAGGAUGAUCAGUGUUGUGCCACACCUUUGUGCCAGUUGGCCAAUGGUCAAACUAUUAACCCCCUUACCGAAAAGUCUAACUACACCCUGUAUGGUACCAUCAACGGUGGCUACACUGGAGUCAGUCCAAACCAUAACACCUCCUACAACUAUUUCACCACUAGCAAUUACACUAGUGCACCGAAAGAGUGUCUGUACAAGGGAAGGACUUAUCUGCCAGGUCAGCAAUGGAUUGAUGGCUGCAACUUUGUCUGUUCCUGCCAGGAUGGAAACCCUGUCCAGUUUGAGUGCCGUCCCAGAUGUCCAAUUUACACAUCUCUGCCAUCUUUCUGUCACAUGGAGAAAGUAGCAGACGAAUGUUGUGAACAGGUAGCAUGUGACCAAUCAUCAGGAUCAUCGUCAUCAUCAUCACAAGGAGGCCAAUCGGGAACUCUGCCCCAAGGUUCUGUUACCACCACAACCACCAAGCCAACCUGCAGCUGGUGUAGGAACCAGAUUGACAACUGUCCUGCAUAUGGCCAGGAAGCUUGUAAAGACCCAUACAAGGGCUGGGCCACCAGGAACUGUGAAUCCUAUUGUGGCUUCUGUGACUGCCAGCAUACCAAACCUCCACCCACAACCCCAACCACACAACCAUCCUCCUGCCAUGAUAAGCUGGAUAAUUGCCAAGCUUUUGGCAAGUCUUCCUGUACUGGAAUCUUUGAAAACUGGGCCCGAACCAACUGUCAAUACUUCUGUGACUACUGUCCUAAGGAUGGUGACAACCAGUGUGUGGAUGUACAGCCAGCCACCUGCCAGAGUCUCAAGUCCACCAUUUGUAGUAACCCAUCCUACGUGUCCUACGCAGAGGCUAACUGUAAAUCAACUUGUGACCUCUGCAACGUUGGAACGACAGCACAGCCGGCUACUUGUAUGUACAAGGGAACAAGCUACCAGUCUGGACAAACUUGGAUGGAUGGAUGUGACAAGAACUGUUCUUGUGACAAUGGAGUAUUCAAGUGCAAAGAUUUGUGUCCUAAGUAUGUUGAUCUCCCUGCUAACUGGGUCUUGAAACAUGUUGAUGGCCAAUGCUGCGACAUAAUUGUCAUUAAUGACCUACAAAUGUGUAAUUACAAGGGACAGUCAUACGCAGAGAAUGCUGAAUGGGAAGAUGGCUGUACCAAGAAGUGCAAGUGUACUAAUGCAGAGCAAGGACUUUAUGAAUGUAGAGAUAAAUGUCCACUGUGGCAUCUACCUGAUAUUUGUCACUGGGACCUACCUAAACCUGGAAAGUGUUGUAGACAGCCCUCGUGUCCACCACCUUACCAGGUACAAGGCUACCCUGAUGAGUAGACAUGAGCACACAGUGCGACCAUUAUUUAUUUCAUCUUUAUCAUGU